AUGAAGUCGAUUAUCAACCUUGUGGCUCUCGCCUCUACGGCCCAGGCUAUCCUCGUUGCCCCUCCUACCGGCCCCUUCGCCGUCUCCAUGUCCGUGACGCCGCUCACCGACAAGAGCCGCCUCGACCCGUACGCUCCGGCUAAUGCUACGCAUGCUCGCCCUGGACUUCUGCGUCGCCAGAACCUCGCCCUGCCGCCCCCCUUCUGCCACUUAUCCCUUGUGAUCUUCUCACCCGGCUGGGGCAACCCCCGCCUCCUCUAUGGCGCCAUGGCCCGAGAGCUCGCCAGCCACGGCUUCGCUGUCGUCACCAUAGACCACCCCUACGACGCCAACUAUGUUGAGUUCCCCGACGGCGAGGUCUACCCCGCCGCGAACAUAGACACCGAUGACAUGGUCGCCAUCGGCAAGCUCACCCAGGUCCGCGCCCAGGACGCAUCCUUCCUCCUAACCCACCUCCUGAAUACCCCGACCCCAGGCAUCAACACCUCCGCCCCGCUGAUCAUGGGCCACUCCCUCGGCGGCGCCACCGCCGCCUCCGCCAUGCUCACAGACUCACGCUUCGUGGCCGGCAUGAACAUUGACGGCCUCCUCCCGGAACCCGUUCUCAGCGCCGGCGUCUCCGGCCCAUUCGCCCUCGUCGGCCGCCCCGGUCAUGAGGAGGAAGACGCGACGUGGGACACCUUCUACGCCGCGCUACGGGGGCCCAAGGCCCAGCUCGCCGUCAACGGCACCGUGCACGCCUCAUUCACGGACUUUCCGACCCUCGUCAAGACGCUGGACCUCGAGCUGCCCGAAGACGCCGCUGCGCUGCUGCAGUCUCAAGAUCGGAACCUUGGCGUUUGGUCGUGCGAGCGAGAUCGUGGCUGGUAUCGUUGGUGA